UUCUUCUCACGUCAGCGCCAAAUUGACCACUACCUCUCUCCCCUCUCUCUCUCUCUCACUUACUUCGCACCAAGCAAUGGCGUCGCCAUUCUCAUCGACGCCUCCCGUUCGCUCCCUCCUCCAGCCCAACCCGAACCCGAACCCGAACCCGAGCCGGGGGACCUUCCUCGCUCUCCGAGGUUCGUAUCGCGGAUGGUCGGACGGCUCCGGAUGCCGGUCGUGCAGCGGCGCCGCCGCGUGUUCGCUGCGCUCGGCCGCGAGCUACGCGAGCAUCCGCGGCGGCGGCGGGGCGGCCGCGGCGAGUCUCUGUCGCGACGGGCGCGUUAACCCCAGACGAUUGUUGCAAAAGAGAGCAGGAGUUGUGACGUGUGCUACUACUGAAGAAAUAGAAGCUGAGAAGUCUAUGAUUGAAAAAGAUGUUAAAGAAAGAAUGGAAAAGACUAUCGAAACAGUUCGAUCAAAAUUUAAUUCCAUCAGAACUGGAAGGACGAACCCAGCUAUGCUGGACAAAGUUCAGGUGGAGUACUAUGGGAGUCCAGUCAGCUUAAAGAGCAUUGCUCAAAUCAGUACACCUGAAUCGAGUUCUCUCUUAAUUCAGCCAUAUGAUAAAUCCAGCUUAAAGGCCAUAGAGAAAGCUAUUGUCAACUCUGAUCUCGGUAUGACGCCUAAUAAUGAUGGAGAAGUGAUCCGCUUAUCUCUCCCACAACUCACAUCUGAAAGAAGGAAGGAGUUGUCAAAAAUUGUGGCAAAGCAGGCUGAAGAAGGGAAGGUGGCAUUGAGGAAUAUAAGAAGAGAUGCCUUAAAAACCUAUGAAAAGCUAGAGAAGGUUCUAAUUACUGGAUCAUCUUCUCUUUUAAUCCAUUUGUCUGUCUCAUUUCUUGUUUUCUGAGCUUUACCUCUUCUA